AUCUUUUUUUUUUUUCCUUUACCAUGUCUUCAUCCAAUAACAAUAUCUCUUCAAACAACAACUCCUUUAACAAUCUUGCUAAUAAAAGACAACUUUCUUCAAACUUAAUAAAUAUCGACAAUAAAAGAUUGAGACUAGAUAUAAAUAAUCCGCAGCUUCAUCAAUCCCAAAUCAAUCGCUCAAACAGUUUAACGCCCAUCAAUCCUUCAAUCCAAACAAAUAAUAACAAUCCCAAUUACAAUAACAAUGUCUUUCAAAGACCAUUGCCUCCUCACCACAUGCCUUCAAUGCUAUCUUCCUCCACUUCUUCAAUAAUAAACCAGUCAAAAUUACUCAACCAAAAUAUCAUAAAUAACAACAGCGAUCAACUAAAUGAUGUCCUAUCUGUUGCUGGUGUUGAUAUCAAAAAAGAAGAAGAAUUGCUAGCAUCAAUCACAAACAAAAAAAAAUUAUUAAAAAGAAAAUUCAAAUACAAAGAUGGCGAAUUGCUAAACAUCACAAAUCUAACCACCUUUUUAAAAAAAAUUUUAAAUGAAAAUGAUAUUACUCACACCUUUGACAAUAAUAUGAAUAAUCAUAUAAAUAAUCACAUGAACAUGAACAACCAUAUCAAUAUGAACAAUAUGAACAAUAUGAACAAUAUGAACAAUAUGAACAAUAUGAACAACAUGAACAUGACAAUGAAUAGCAUCAAUAUCUCCAACAGUAUCAAAAAUACUAAAAUCUUAAACCUAUUAUCCUUAUCCUGUGAAGAAUUCUUGAAAAAUAUAAUAACCGAUGCUAUAGUCUUAAAUCGUCAUAGAAGAAGAAAUAUCCAGUACCAAUCAAACAAUUCCUCCUCCAAUUCUUUAAAUACAAACAUAAUCACAAGCAAAAAAUACAUCAUAAACAACAACAUCAACGACAAUGACCCCACCAAUAAAAAUGAAAUCGCCAUUGCUCUAAGAAAUCUAGCAAUCAAACAAAAAGAACUCGAGGAAAAAAGAAAAAGAAAAAGAAUCAAAUUAGGUAUCGAUUUACCUAAUGGUGAAGUUCAAAAAGCUGGCGUUGAAGAAACUUUGCAUCGUGCAACUAAUCUAACCGCUGCAAAAAGAUUUGGUGGCGGAAGAAAUAAAAAAUACAGCUGGUUGAAAGCAGGCUCAAAUACUCCUGGUAUCUCAAAGUCUUCUUCAACAAUGGGCUUUGGCACGAUUAACGACAACAACGUAAGAUUUCGUGCUGUUAGAGAAGAGAAAAAUAUCUCAGUUCGAGACUUGUUAGGCGCUCUUGAAAACAAAAGAAUGGGCGUUAAAGCCACCAUUUUUAAGGCUUAUUCAAAACUAAAGGACUAAGAUUUUUUUUUUUUUUUACUCAAUUUCCAUGUAAAAUAAGAAAAUAUAAUAAUAAAUUAUUUCUAUGUAGAUCCCUCCUUCCUCCCCCUUUUCUUUGCUCUCUAAAACGAGGUCUACGACCACCAGACCCCCCUUCCUUCUCCCAUAGUUUUCCAUUGAUUUUCUCGUUUCCCUUUUUUUUAUUGUCUCGAUGUUGGGUCAAAUUGAAACAAUUGAUGAGAAAAUGCUUCUUUGGGUCGUUUAAUUGGGUGAAAUUUAUUGAUUUUGAGACUCAUUGAAAAAUUUUCUAUCAUUAUGGGUUUAUAUUGAAUUUAUAUUGUAUAUUUAAUACUUGCCAAUUCCUAUCAUUUGUCACCAUU